CACUUCCGUCCAGGUCUUCAAGUAUGGGGUCUGCAAACUUAUCGCGACUGCAGGGGCUUUUCGCGGUCUAUAAGCCCCCGGGACUAAAAUGGAAGCACCUGCGGGAUACCGUGGAACUGCAACUUCUGAAGGGUCUCAAUGCCAGGAAGCCUCCUGCCCCUGAACAGCGUGUUCGCUUCUUGCUGGGCCCCGUGGAAGGCAGUGAAGAGAAGGAGCUGACCCUCACAGCCACCAGUGUACCCUCUCUCACCAACCAUCCACUGGUCUGUGGACCAGCAUUCACCCAUUUCAAGGUUGGCGUGGGACAUCGGCUGGAUGCCCAGGCUUCUGGGGUGCUUGUGCUCGGCGUGGGACAUGGAUGCAGGCUCCUCACUGAUAUGUACAAUGCUCAUCUCACCAAGGAAUACACAGUGCGUGGCCUACUGGGCAAAGCUACGGAUGACUUCUGUGAGGAUGGGCGGCUGGUGGAGAAGACAACCUAUGACCAUGUGACAAGAGAGAAGCUGGACCGCAUUCUGGCUAUGAUCCAAGGCUCCCAUCAGAAGGCCCUGGUGAUGUACUCCAACCUCGACCUGAAGACCCAGGAGGCUUACGAUAUGGCCGUGCGAGGCCUGAUCCGGCCCAUGAACAAGUCCCCGAUGCUGAUAACUGGCAUCCGAUGCCUCCACUUUGCACCUCCAGAAUUCCUCAUAGAGGUGCAGUGCAUGCAUGAGACCCAGAAAGAGCUGCGAAAGUUGGUACAUGAAAUUGGUCUGGAGCUAAAGAGCACUGCUGUCUGCUCCCAAGUGCGGCGCACACGCGAUGGCAUCUUCACACUGGACAGUGCUCUCCUGAGGACCCAGUGGGACCUACACAGUAUCCAGGAUGCUAUCCAGACUGCUGCCCCCCGGGUAGCUGCAGAGCUGGAGAAGAGCUUGAGCCUGGGGCUGGACACCAAGCAACUCCCCAGUCCGGGAUGGUCCUGGGACUCCCAGGUCCCAGGCUCUGCCUUGGGGCUGGAGACGGAUGCUAGGCAGUGAAUGCCCAGGCAGCUGCUGGGGCAGUUGGUGGAUAAGUUGAAUAACUGCUUAUGAGCUGGACCUGAUGGCUGUGCAGAAAGUGAGAGUAGGGGCCACCUUUUCUCCAUGCAACACAAAACUUGAGCUGUAACAGAAAAGAUCAAUGGACUUGAUCCAACCAAGAAGGAAAAUCUUCUGUAUGGAGGAAAAGACAAUAAACAUAUGACAGACUGAUGAAAAGUA